AUGGGUUGCUUCAUGAGCAAGAACGCAGUUGACGAGUCAGCACAUGCUCCUCGCCCACGGCCACGCAAUGUCACUUUCCAACUCUCAAAACCUGGCCAGCCCUCGAACAUUCCCGAGUCAUUGGGAAAGAAGGCCAAGGGCCCGAAGCGUUCGAGACUUCCCCCUCGCCAGAUUGCACAAUUCCAAGACACCCGCACUCUUGACCCACGUUCUGCUGUCCUAUCCAACGAAGGUUCACACGUCGAGGAUCCUUCGAGUCGUAUGAAAGCAUACUAUCUACCUAAGAAGUACAACCCCAAGGGUCCUGCUCAGGUCGCUACGUUUGCUGAAUACAUCGAAGAUCCGAGCGCAUACCGAAUUGUUUGGGCCAACAGACUGGAGGAUUAA